AGUGAGAUACAACUCAAUCAAAAUGAAAUUCGUAGUGCUUUCCCUCCUCGUCGCCGUGGCCUGUGCCGACCGGCUGUACGAGCCUCCAGCGGCUCGUGCUCACUCCGACGAGAUCGCCAUCUUGAGGGACGAGCGCGUGAUCGAGGACGACGGAAGGUACAACUUCGAUAUGGAGACUGCCAACGGCAUCAAGGUGUCUGAGUCUGGCUCUCCUGUAGGAGACGAGGGAGCCAUCAACAGUGCCGGAUCCUUCUCGUACACCGCUCCUGACGGCACUGACGUCCACCUCCAGUACGUAGCUGAUGAGAACGGCUUCCAGCCACAGGGCGCCCACCUGCCAGUGGCCCCCGAGUUCCCCCACCCAAUUCCUGACUUCGUUCUUGAGCAAAUCGCCUUCGCCGCUGAGGAAGACGCUCGCCAGGCCCGUGGAGAGGUCUCCCGCUCCUAUGGUGCUCCUCAUGAUGACUAAACCGUGUUAGUCGAAUAUCUUUCCACCGCUGAUUUACUAUUUAUAUUUACAUAAUAUACUGACAUUAUACCAUCUGCUUAUGCAGACUAUCUCCUAUUUAUUGUUGCGCAAAUAAAUCUCAUACCAAA